CAUGUGCACUUCUCGCGAAAUCCACUUUCUGUGAAUCUGGGGCUGUGAACAGUAUUGAUCACUGGCUCUCAAUGAGAGGAUUAAUGGGAAUUCAGACAAGUGCUUGGACGCUUACUGGUGCAUAUUUGGAACUAGUUACUGCUCCAUAAUGGGUUACAAAUCAACAUCCAUGCAUUGUGUGUUAAGAUGCCUGUGCUUCAUGCUUCUCCAUUUGUUUAGUGCGGCUCAAGAUGAAGACCUAAGAAGUUGUAGGACUGCACCAUGUGAUUUGGUCUUUAUUCUAGAUGGCUCUUGGAGUGUUGAAGAUGUCAAUUUUGAAAUAGUGAAGCGAUGGCUAGUCAACAUAACGACGAGCUUUAAUGUUGGGCAGAGGUUUACCCAGGUCGGAGUCGUCCAGUACAGCGACAGUCCCCAUUUAGAAAUACCUCUGGGGAAGCACUCCACCAACAGAGACCUCAUCAAGGCGAUGGAGUCCAUUGAAUACAGGGGGGGUAACACAAGAACCGGGGCAGCUAUUGAGUUUGCUACAGACAGACUAUUUGGCCUCUCUGAGCGAGCGAGCGUUUCCAGAAUUGCUGUUGUCCUCACAGAUGGGAAGUCUCAAGAUGAGGUUCUGAAAGCUGCUGAGGCAGCGAGGAAAAAAGGAGUAAUCCUGUUUGCAAUUGGUGUUGGUCCAGAGACAGAAAAGGAUGAGCUGAGGGACAUUGCAAACAAGCCAUUUUCAACUUAUGUCUUCUCUGUUGAGGACUACAAAGCUAUUUCCAGGAUCAGGCAGGUCAUAAGACAGAAACUAUGUGAAGAGACUGUUUGUCCCGCCAGAAUUUCUAUAGAUUCCCGUGACGAGAAGGGCUUUGAUAUCCUGUUACAUUUAAAUCUGGCAAAAAAAGCAAAGAAGACUCAAGGGACGUUUUAUGGCACUAAGGCCUAUCAGGUGACGUCUCGUGUUGACUUGAGUGAAGCUACACGGAACCUUUUUCCUGAUGGCCUGCCUCCUUCGUAUGUUUUCGUGGCCACAUUGAGGUACAAAGGAUCAGUGGCAGAAGAGGAGUGGGACCUGUGGAGAAUACAGACACGAGAUGGUAAACCUCAGAUGGCGGUAACUUUAAACGGUUUUGACCACACCGUCAUGUUCACAACAACCAGCAAGACACCGAAUGGGAUUCAGACUGUUACUUUUUCACAACAGACAGCAAAGCUGUUUGAUGAGAAAUGGCACCAGCUACGUCUGCUGGUCACCGAAGAGGAUGUCACUCUUUAUGUUGAUGACUUGGAAAUUGAAACCUUAUCACUGGAGCCCCCUGUUGGCAUUUUCAUCAAUGGAAAAACCCAAGUGGGAAAAUAUGUCAGAAAGGAAACAACAGUGCCAUUUGAAAUUCAGAAACUUCGCAUUUACUGUGACCCUGAGCAGAACAACCGGGAGACUGCAUGUGAAAUACCUGGAGUUUGCUCUAAUAACCCUGAUUACGCUGAACCGACUCCAGAACCUUGUGUUUGCCCUCCUGGACCUCCCGGACAACCAGGAAUGAAGGGAGAGCAAGGAAGCAUUGGUAUUCCUGGUCAGCCUGGUCCUCCUGGUGCUGAUGGUAAGCCUGGUAUCCCUGGGCUUAGAGGAAUUCCAGGUUUCCCAGGUUCGCCGGGAAUUAAGGGGUCACGUGGACCAGAUGGGUACAAAGGAGAGCAAGGGAGGCCCGGUGUUUCGGGUGAGAGGGGUAUUCCUGGGUUACCGGGGCCACCUGGACAACCAGGGGAGAAGGGUGCACAAGGGACCCCGGGAGCAGCAGGGUUACCAGGAAAAACUGGACAAGUGGGAGAAAAAGGAAGUAUAGGACCUCUUGGGCCACAAGGUCCUCUGGGAGAACCUGGUCUACCUGGGAGAGAUGGAAAGGAUGGAUUUCCAGGAAGACCUGGUCAAAAGGGAGAAGCUGGAGCCAGUGGUAUUCCUGGUACUGACGGAAGGGAAGGCCAUCCUGGUAUGCCUGGAUUGCCUGGAAAUGCAGGCCUGGAUGGACAAAAGGGAGAAGUUGGUGAGCCUGGACCCAGGGGCUUUAAAGGAUCGACUGGACUACCUGGUGAAAUGGGAUUACCUGGUGAACCGGGUUUGCAAGGACCGAUCGGACCGAAGGGGAAUAUGGGUGAAAGAGGAAGUCCGGGCAUAAAAGGCACACCGGGGCUUGCGGGCAGUGCAGGGCAACCAGGAAGUCCAGGUCAACCAGGACACCCAGGCAUGCCAGGGAUGAAGGGAAGCAAGGGACAGAGGGGGAAUCCAGGUGAAAGGGGCGACAUGGGGAUGAAAGGUGAAAAAGGAGAGCAUGGGCGGCCAGGGGGUGUGGGAUCACCUGGUCCAAUGGGUCUGAAAGGAGAGAAAGGGACAGCAGGGGAUCCGGGGCACAGAGGUCAAGAAGGUCAAGUUGGACGACCUGGACAGCCAGGUCAGUCUGGCCAACCAGGCCCCCGAGGGUUGCGGGGAGAUAUGGGCCCCCCUGGUCCACCUGGACCCGAAGGAAGAUAUUUAAGUGCAAUGUCAGACAAUCACAUUCGGCAGAUAUGCAGAGAGGUCCUUCGGGCUGAGCUGCCUCUAUUGAUACUGAGCAAUCAGCAGAGUAGCUGUACCAGGUGUCAAAGUCAGCCUGGAUCUCCUGGCCCACCAGGUCCAAUGGGGCCACAGGGACUCAGAGGUCUUCCUGGGCUUAGUGGUUCUAGGGGACUGCCAGGCCACCCUGGUCGGCCGGGGUAUCCUGGGAUUAAUGGUCUCAAAGGAGAACCAGGUUUCAAAGGGGAGAAGGGGAGCCCUGGUCGGGUCAUGAUUGGAGACCAUGGGCCUCCUGGACCUCCAGGUCCAAUGGGUCCGGAGGGACAUGGUAAACCAGGUACUCCAGGUAAACCUGGGCCCCCUGGUCAAAAUGGCCCAGAGGGUAAAAGUGGUAAUCCUGGCAUCCCUGGUGAGCCUGGUGUGUGCGAUCCAUCCAUGUGCUAUGGAGGCAUGAUGAGGCGGGAUUCUUACAGCAAAGGCCCAAACUAUUGACAUAAGGCAGCAUCACUGCAGGCACCAGUAUAAAGCUGAUGCAGAACAGAUAUUCUCAGGAAGAUCUCACCAUUACAGUUCCUCUCUGACAUGGAAACAAAACGUACCUCUUCUGACACAGUUUAUGUGACACCUUUUAUGCAUCCCAGUUUCUUUGAUGGUAUUUUGUAUUAUUAGUCAUAUGGCUUUGAACAUUCUUUGAAAUUUUAAUGGUGUUAAGAGGAUUAAUGAUUGGCUCCAGUGAAUACCUCUUAUCCAAGCACCUUGUAUGAGGUAUCAAAUGUGCCAGCCAUGUAACGCACAGUACUCACUGCAUUUAAGAUAACUACGCAUAGACACAUGCACACCAUCCAUGAACACACUACAGCUAACAGUUUGAUGGAUAUCUGGGUUUGUGUAUAGGUAGGAAAUGUAAGUGCAGUGCCUGUCGUAUUAGGUGUGGCAUACCAAACGCCAGCAAGCAUAAAUGUCUUACCAAGAUUUUAUUACAUAUCAAGAAAGCUUAUUAUGGUUUUCCAACACAAUCUUACCAAAUCUUCUGCUUUGCUGACAAAAAACAUACACCUGUUUACUGUUUGAGCCUUAUAUUUAAUCUCGAUGAAGAGAUAAAUUUAUAAUUAGAACUAAUGAGCACACCUUUGAGUCUGAGGUGUUUGUCAAUCCUGCUGUUGUCUGAAGCUGUUGGCAUUUAGUAAGCUCAGAGGAAGGACCCAUUUUGAGCCAUGCCAUCAUUUACUUUAAAUGAGAUUCAUGGCAUGCACUGCAUUAACAUCAACUAAUUACAUGCACACCUACUUCAAAACGUGGGGUGUAGAUUGUAUGUGCAGAUUACACAUACAGUCAAUUAUGUUGAACAUUAUUUAAAUGCAACCUUUCGAUUCUUGUGAACACAACACCUAAAUAAACCCACCAUUUCCAGUGUGACACCUAUGAGUAUAAGGCCUAUGUGUACAUUGUGAGUCUGUGCAAAUGGUUUGUGAAUGCUAAAUGAAUGGUGAUUGUUUGGUCACAUCUUAAUAAGGCGCUACUAAAGUGUUUGACUGCAGUUGGCUGACAUAUUUGACUCCUAAUAAUCUUGAAGUUUGUACUGUAAGUCCCUGUGGCUGGUACACUUUCUUAUAUUGCCCCCUUGUGUUCCUUCACUGCAUGUUGCGUUAUAAGAUUUUACUGCACAUAGAGCAGGUGCCACAUGUUCCACUAUAAAACAGAACAACAAAAAUCAACACACAUACACACACAUGAAAAAACAAUGAUGAUUAGUGAAUUGAUUUGUGAUGAAUUAUCACAGAAAUUAACACGUUUCAGCGCAAAACUGUGACUUUGAUUGCCUUUCGCUGAGUACUCACUCCUGGAAGCUCGAGUUCAUAAAGCAUUCAGGCUGACUUUUGUGCGUGAAAACUUUUUACAAAACACAUCACCCCGGUUACCUUCCUAUUGCAAUACUUCUUCAUUCAUUGCCAUGUCUUAUUUGUUCUAUAUUUAGGAUGUAAAAUAUAUAUAUAAAAAAUGUGCCAUCUAUGAACACACCAACACUUUAGUUUCACAUUUUAAUCCAUUUAUGUUCCCCCAGCUUACCUUUCAUUACUGUAGCAGGUUUUUUUUUUAUUUAUAAGAGAGGCAUAUCACAUUUC